AUGACCAACAGGGACAAGAAGAAGAAAAACAAGAAGAAAAAGAGCAGGAAAGACAAGGAAGGAGACUCGAAAAUCGAUACCACCACGAAGGCCUGUACGACGCCCAAAGAGGAAAUAGUCGUACAACCUGAAACAACGGCAGGAGGUGACACCAAAUCGGAGACAUCUUCAAUAGCCACUAAGAUGAGCAAAGAUGGGGACAAUACUUCUCAGUCAACGACGGAAGUCACUCGGAAGAGUAAAGAAAGUACCACCAACGCCGAGAUACAAACAGAAACCGAUACCACUGAGAGGACCACUGAGAUAUCGAAGAAAGAGCAUGCCAUCCCGUCGAAGGUGACAUCUAAAGCCAACAAAAAGAAAGCUCAACAUGCACCCACAAAACAACACGUCAGCAAGCACAUGCACCAGCAAAGCAAAGCAUGCGUGGAUCAUCCGGUCAGUACGGAAACAGCCACGCAAUCAUCGACAAAGAAGACCAAGGCUAAGCACAUCAAGCGCACUGAUCAUACGCCAGUUGUCGCAGUUGAUACGAAGACAGCGGCGGCGCAAAGUGCACUCAGGCAUUUGACAGAUAUGACUCUCUUGAAAGGAUCUGAGGCACUUGAAUACGAUACCAAGGACAUCGCAAGGGUUGAAG